AUGGAAGGUGAGCACAAACUAAUUCAAAUCGAAGACUACCGGUUAAACAACGGAAUUCUGCGGCUCCGGCAAGGCAGUGCAAAGUUUUUUCCUGCUCAAGCCAGUGGGAAAGAAGCGAGGAGGAACGUGAGGGGACAUGCUAAGGCAGAAGGGCUAAUCUGCUCGCACAUGUGGCAUUUUUCGUGGCAAAACGCCGAAUUUACGCCCAAGGCAAGCAACUUGCGCGACCGCGGAUUUAUGAAGGAGUAG